AUGGCCGGAAGAUCAUCGACGAUGAUCGUGACGAACACUCCGUCGAAAGAUCUCGUCAACACCAAUUUCGCCUACGUCUCACCCGCCGAUUUCCGCAAUUUCCUUGUUCCUGGAUCCAAGCUCGCCUUCGCUCUUAUCUCCGAUUCAUUCGUUCUUUCCGUCGCUGGCCAUGAAGCUAUUCCUAGGGGCCGUAUUGCACUUAAUGCUGUUCAUCGUCGCCAGGCUAAAGUGUCUACUGAUGACCCAGUAUCUGUCAACAGAUUCUCACCACCUGAAAAUUACAAUCUUGCUUUGCUUACUGUCGAGUUGGAGUUUGUGAAAAAAGGGAAAGACGAACAGGUGGAUGCCGUUCUUUUGUCUCAGCAAAUUCGGAAGAGAUAUAUUAACCAGAUUAUGACGACUGGUCAAAAGGUAACAUUUGAGUAUCAUGGCAAUGGAUACAUCUUCACUGUCAAUCAGGCAAAUAUGGAGGAACAAGAAAAAUCAAACAGUAUUGAAAGAGGGAUGAUAACGGAUGAUACAUAUAUUGUUUUUGAAGCAUCAAACUCAAGUGGAAUAAAGAUUGUGAACCAACGUGAAGCUGCUAGCAGCAACAUAUUUAGGCACAAAGAAUUCAACCUUGAGUCCUUGGGUAUAGGUGGCUUGAGUGCGGAGUUUGCUGAUAUUUUUCGAAGGGCUUUUGCCUCUAGAGUUUUCCCUCCACAUGUAACGUCUAAAUUGGGAAUCAAACAUGUUAAGGGAAUGCUGCUCUUUGGACCUCCCGGUACUGGGAAGACUUUAAUGGCUCGCCAGAUUGGAAAAAUGUUAAAUGGGAAGGAUCCGAAGAUUGUCAAUGGACCUGAAGUGUUGAGCAAAUUUGUUGGUGAAACUGAGAAAAAUGUUCGCGACUUAUUUGCUGAUGCUGAACAAGAUCAAAGAACCAAAGGUGACCAAAGCGACUUGCAUGUUAUCAUAUUUGAUGAAAUUGAUGCAAUCUGUAAGUCUAGAGGUUCUACUAGAGAUGGUACUGGAGUACAUGAUAGUAUUGUCAACCAACUCCUUACAAAGAUAGAUGGCGUGGAGGCCUUGAAUAAUGUCUUACUCAUUGGUAUGACAAACAGGAAAGAUCUGCUAGAUGAAGCACUUUUGAGGCCUGGACGCCUGGAAGUCCAAGUGGAGAUAAGCCUUCCCGACGAGAAUGGUCGUUUACAAAUUCUCAAUAUUCAUACAAACAAGAUGAAAGAAAAUUCUUUUCUUGCUCCAGAUGUAAACCUGCAAGAACUUGCUGCUCGGACAAAAAAUUAUAGUGGAGCAGAACUUGAAGGUGUCGUAAAAAGUGCAGUGUCAUAUGCUUUAAACAGGCAACUAAGUCUGGAUGAUCUUACCAAAACAGUAGAUGAGGAGAGCAUAAAAGUGACCAUGGAUGAUUUUUUGAAUGCCCUUCGAGAAGUAAUUCCAGCAUUUGGAGCUUCUACCGAUGACCUUGAUCGUUGCAGACUUAAUGGUGUAGUGGAAUGUGUUGAGCGGCAUAACCACAUAUAUAGAAGAACCAUGCUCUUAGCUGAACAAGUUAAAGUUAGUCAAGGAAGCCCUAUUGUUACUUGUCUUCUUGAAGGCCCAAGUGGCAGUGGUAAGACUGCGAUGGCAGCAACUGUUGGUAUUGAUAGUGAUUUUCCUUAUGUCAAGAUUAUAUCUGCUGAAACGAUGAUUGGGCUUAGUGAAGGAAGCAAAUGUGCUCAGAUAGUCAAGGUAUUCGAGGAUGCCUAUAAGUCACCAUUAAGCAUAAUUAUCCUUGAUGAUAUUGAAAGAUUAUUGGAAUAUGUUGCCAUUGGACCCCGAUUUUCGAAUCUGAUUUCUCAGACAUUGUUGGUGCUCAUGAAACGGCUUCCUCCGAAGGGGAAAAAAAUCCUUGUGAUUGGAACUACAAGUGAGGUCAAUUUCUUAGAUUCAAUUGGCAUUCGAGAUGCAUUCUCUGUCACAUUCCAUGUUCCAACAUUAAAAACAGAAGAUGCCAAAAAGGUGUUACAGCAACUUAAUGUUUUCUCGAGUGGUGAUGUGGAUUCCGCUGCUGAGGCAUUAAAUGAUAUGCCUAUCAAGAAGCUUUACAUGGUUGUUGAAAUGGCUGCUCAAGGGGAAGAUGGUGGAACAGCAGAAGCCAUAUAUUCUGGCAAAGAAAAGAUCCAAAUGUCACAUUUCUAUGAUUGCCUCCAGGACGUGAUACAAUAUUAG